UUUCUCCAAAUGGGGGGUGGGGUUUUGCUUUCCAUGUAUAUUUUGUCGGACCUCCGAUGUCCUCUUCUGGUUCUUAGGGCGCUCUCAUAGCCCGUAGUGGGCUUUGCGGUCGAAGAACCGCGAGGUUUUCAUUAUGGAUCGCCAAAUGUUCCACCUUUUCUUCCUCUUUUGUUUGUUUUUGCGCUGUUUGGAUGAGUCGGCCCGUCUCAUUGUAGAUUUUUGUGGUUUCUGAUCGAUGUAGCGCGGUUUUAGUGUUCUGGUUGUCUUUCGCAGAGAAAUGGCACGAGUUUGCUUCUUUCUUUGGAUUUGAGUUGGUUCCGUGCUUUUCACUUGUUGCGCUGCCUAGAAACUGCGAGCACCGUCAUCUGCUGCUUCAUGUCGCGCUGCUCUUCUCUUCUUAUAUUCAGUCAAGGAAACAUCUUCAGUGUAACGUCUGCAGUUUGUAAGAGAAGAUGUGCCUUGUAGAUUAGUCUUCGUUUUCCCCCGCUUCUGUUCUCAAUCGAGUUCGAAGGAUGUGUUGCAAGUAUUUUCUCAAGGAAUCAAUCGACUCCUCCAUUGAUUUGAGCGAAAAAGAACCAACUCUUUUGCUUUCAACAGAUUUGCAAUCGACGGAUCUAUACUUGGUUUCCUUCUCCCUGUGGACGAUCGUCGUCUUCUUCUCAUGCUACCUAUGGGAGUUGUACCAGAGAGUAAGCAGCCCGGAUGUCCUUCCCCUCGGCAAUGGCAAGAAGCACAGCUUGAGAACCUCCAAGGAAGACGACGCCGAUGAAGCUGGCAGAAUCGCAAACCAUUCCCCCUCGGAAGCCAAAUCCUCGAGGUCGGGAUCCGCCUCCUGGUCGGCCAACCCGUCACCGACGAGAGACCACCAUUUGCCGCACAUCUCCUACCAGGCGCAGUCUGACGCCGGACCGCUCCUCACUUCAGGCUCGUUAUUUCCAUUCACCUCCGCCGGACCAGCGACAGCUGAGAACCACCACCACAUCGACGGGGUAGGCCACGGCGGAGGCGGCGACGUUCUCCUCCGGUGGGGGCACAAGAAGCGGUCGCGGGGACCGAGAACGGAGGGCCGUGCAGCGGCAGCGGCGGCGGCGGCGGCGGCGGCUAUGCCACCGCCCUGUGGGCCGUACUCCAAAGUGGGUUACCUCAGGCCGUCCACGCCCGUCCGUGCUGCAACGGCAUCUCUUGCCAACAGCCGGGCCGUGGAGGAGCGAUCGGGAGGUGCACCACGAUCCGAAAAGCGCUUGCCGCAAGACCCACCGGCGAAGGCGAGUCUGGAUGCGGAAGCCGCCGUCGGCGCCGCGACGGAGAAGCCGAGUCUGGACCGUUUCAUGUGGCCGCGGAUCUACGUCUCCCUCUCCAGGAAGGAGAAAGAGGACGACUUCUUGGCGAUGAAGGGGACGAAGCUUCCCCAGAGGCCCAAGAAACGGGCCAAGAACAUCGACAGGUCUCUCCAGUAUUGCUUUCCGGGGAUGUGGCUGUCGGACUUGACGAGGGGAAGGUAUGAAGUAAAGGAAAAGAUGCGUGUGAGAAAGUCUUCUUUUUCCCUCUCUUUGGGUGGGUGAUCUCACGACUACAAAAUGGGCUCCUGUUUACAGAAGCAAAGGGGGUUGAAGGGAAUGGAGAGCGAUUCCGAGUGAAGGCUGCGGGAAGCGGAACAAGCCGUGUUGAUCCGAAGUUGUGCUUCUUUGGCUCUCGUGUUGUCCUUACUCCCUUUGCACAAUCUCAAAGUGUUUUGGUUUGGUUUCUUUCCGAAAGCGGGUGUAUGGGGGCCCCGCCGCCCAGGGGGGUGAUAGCCUCUCAGACUAGGAGACUGCAACAUAGAUGAAUUCUUCAGGAGAUCCAAUAAGCCCCUCGAAUGCUUGAUUCCCCCCAACUCAACUCACUGGCAUAUCCUAACCGGUGAACCAAGUUGCGCAACCAAAUGUGGCAUAGAUGGGUUUUUCGUGACACCGCAAUUAAUUUUGGGAGAAGAUGGUUGUAAUUCGUAUUCGGAAUUAAACACACUAUUGGUUUGAGCUUCA